CGUGUGGGAAAUCACUGCAAAGAAGGAUUUGUUACAUAUAUCACCACUCUGGAGGCCGUCUAUGUCAACAGCAUAUCAUUUGCUAUAAAGCCAGUGUGUUCAAAGGCAUGGAUCCACAGAGCGAAACAAGAGAGACAUACCGCUGCAUUGUUUGUUCCCCUCCCUGCGAAAGAAAAGAGUUGCAUAAAGAAGGAUGACAACCGUAAGGUGUGAGGAACAUGUGUAGAAGGCUUUGAGCCUUCCAUCACUGUUGCGGAUCUUCAAUAUGGUGAUUAUGAUGAAAACGUAAGAAAGAAAGAACCUCCAGUCACCAGGGUGCAAACGCCCAUGCAUCCACCUCCCCCACCGCCACAAAGAAUAUCUCCACCUCAACCACUGGUCCAGAGAGUCCAGCAAGAGUAUGCUCCCAGGCAUGAGCUGGGUUGGAGUGCCUCUGUUGAUGAUCCAGAUCUCAUGCCACCAGCAUUGCAAGACGAUACCUGGCAGGAUCCCUGGCCGGAGGACUAUUCCUUUGGCUUGGAGGGGGAGCCAAGUCAGCCCCGAAGGGUAGAUGUCUUUACCCCCCCCCACCAAUAUCAGGCCAGUCAGGGAUUAUACCACCAGGCUGAGUGGGUGCACACCAGUCGGCAAUGGGACUACCAGUCCAUCCGGAGAUCUCCACCAUCUGCUUCCCUUGGAAGAGCUCCAGCAUCUGAGGAGGAGCAUAUAGCUGUCAGCAUUCCUCAGGCAGCACCGCCUGUCAUAAUCCCUCAGGCAGCACCAGCUGUGAUCCCACAAGCAGCACCAGCUGUGAUCCCACAAGCAGCACCAGCUGUGAUCCCUCAGGCAGCACCAGCUGUGAUCCCUCAGGCAGCACCAGCUGUGAUCCCUCAGGCAGCACCAGCUGUGAUCCAGCAAGCAGCACCAGCUGUCAUUCAUCAGGCAGCACCAGCAGCUGAGGAUGUUCAAGUUGAAACAGCAGCUAGAGGUGAACCUGCGCCUAGAAUCCCUGCUGGUGAAGAGCCUUUAGAUCCUCUGACUUCCGCCAUGGGCGACAAAUACAUUGCCCUCCAGAGGAGGCAAACAUCAACCUGCGAGAGGCUCACAUCAACCUGCGAGAGAAUGCAGAGAGAUCAACGCAGGUUUUACAGGAACCAACAGACUUUACUACAGCGUUCCAUUGAGCUGCAACGGGACAUGGCAGCAUCUUUAAGUUGUAUCGUCCAGAACCAAUCUCAGAUAUUUCGGACAUGCAGAUGCAGAGUGACAACAGAUGGUGGGAACAAAACCAUCUGUUGGGUGUGUUGGUGGAGCAUUUCACACACCAGCAGGACAUUGCCUCCAGCCUGUCAUCUGUGGCCAGCACUCCAGCUGAAUCAUCGGAAUCCACACAACCCAGAAGAACCAGGAGAUCCACUCCAGGCACCUCACAACCCUCAUCCAAGAAGGCCAAAAAAAUAAAAAAUAUUCUUAUAGUUGACCAUAAA